AUGAUUAAUUGUUGUGUUGAUAGUCUAAGUGGACUAUUCAUUAAUGGUAAGGUAGAAUUCAGGUUGUGCUUGCCGCUGUUUCACCAUCUCUGUUCGAUAUGUUUGUACGUGAUGACCGAGAUGCGGUUACGAUUUCUACAAGUGACCAACAGUCCCCCGCCAAUGAAUGACAUGAAUAAAUCGGCGUGCUCGUCGAAAUCGUCGAUUCCGAGUGCAUUCGCUCAAGCCACGCUGCUGUCCUCACCAACACAACCACAACUUUCAUACUUCGAGUUCAGUCAAGCGGAUUACGAUUGCUUCAAUGCACUCGUCAACUUUGCAUACACUUCACAUUUGGAAAUAAGCAGUAAAAAGGUUGGUGAGCUCUACAAGACGGCGUUCUCGUUGCAAAUGGGUCCAAUAGUGAGCGCUUGUGCAUCAUAUCUGGCGCAUCAUCUGAGUGUUGCCAAUUGUAUUGGUGUACGUAAGCAGGCAAACUUCAGUAACGAUGAACAGCUGGUAAAUAAAGUGGAUAAGUUCAUCGCGGAUAACUUUGCUCAGAUUGUCGAUCACUGCGUUGAGUUCACUCAACUUACCUGCAUUAAGGUUCGAAUCAUAGUGAAUUUGGAUGAUACGAAGCAAACUCGUUGUGGUCUGAAUCUGGCCGAACGAGCUGUUCAAUAUUUCCAAUCAUUACCAACAAACAGCGAUCGUGCUGAGCUGAUCAUUGAGCAACUCGCUGAAAAAACGCAUUUGCUGUAUGUUGAAGAAGAUCAAACACUGCAAGAUUGCGCGGACAUGGACGAUCAUAGUUCCGUUGCUUCCUGUGAUAUUAUUCAAGACUACAAACGCACUGGUGGACUUCAGUCGCGCGUAGUGACUAGUGGGUCAAGCCCGGUUGGUAAUCUUCCAAUACAACAUCACGUAACUGGUGCAACGGCAGUUCACUUGAACGCAAGUCGGGUAAACAAUAAUAAAUUCUCAUCAAAUGAGAGUAUCAAUUCUGUCGCAACGACAUCCACUGAUUCUGAUGAAGAGAUUCUCAGUAAACUUAUUGCUGUUCAUCAGACUGCUGGUGAUUUUUGGAUAGCUUUGGCUGUUCUUCAUCAUCGUCUGGUUACGAUCAGCCUCCAGCUAACGGAAAAUGAAGAUAUCGUUCGACCGAACCAACGAUUACCAACUCCAAAUCCGAUCACAAAAGUGCCCGUUGAUACAAUACUACAACAGCAAAAUCAAGAACGCGCUGCUCUCCUUGCCAGACUGAUAACGACGUCGGGCAAUGAGCGCACUCCUUUACCAGAAAUGAACGAUGCGCGCUGUUCGAUUGGAGCAGCGUUUGUGAACGGAAAAAUCAUCGUUUGUGGUGGAUAUGAUCGAGGAGAAUGUUUGAAAUCAACUGAAGAGUACGAUGUGAUAAAAGGCGAAUGGCGUCAGAUUUCUGAUAUGAGUUGUGAGCGGGGACGUUUCGAUGCGGCUGUUGCUUAUGGAAAAGUUUACGCUAUUGCAGGUAGUAAUGGUAAUGUUGAUCUUAAAACUGCUGAAUGCUAUGAUCCGAAAUCGGGUAAAUGGACGUCGGUCAAGUCGUUGCAGACGGGUCGUAGUCAUAACGCAUGCACAAGUCUCGACAAUUUUGUUUAUUGCAUCGGUGGCAGUUCUGAGCAAGUGGUUCUGAAGGAAUGCGAACGAUAUGAUCCUGAGAAUGAUCAGUGGGAGGCGAUUGCGCCUAUGCAAACUGCUCGUUUCCAGGCUGGUUGUACAGCAUGGCGAGGUAUGGUGGUUGCUUGUGGAGGAUCGGAUCGAUGGACUUGCCUAGAUUCGGUUGAAGCUUAUGAUCCGAAAAGCGAAACGUGGAAGUAUUUGGCAAAAUUGAAAACUCCUCGAAGAGGUUGUGCGAUCGCAGUUGUUAGAGAUUCGCUGUAUGUGAUCGGAGGACAUGAUGGUACGCAGUCGUUGUCAUCGGUUGAGAUCCUUGAUCAUCCGAAUGGGCAGUGGCGAGUCGGUCCUUCAUUGAAUAUGCCUCGUGCGAACACUCAUGCGGUUGUCACGGCUGGGAAUGUGAUUUAUGUUUUGGGAGGUUUUGACGGUGGUCAUUUCUUACCGAGCAUUGAACUUCUUGAUAAUGAGUCGCUGGGUUGGCGUAACUGGUGUCAACGAAAGAAGAGCGUUUCAACGAGUGACACUGCGAUAACCGAAGAAGAGGAGUUUGAAGAGGCUGAAUGUGAAUCAUCAUUAGUCAACAAUGUUGGUGAUAAGCAAGAGAUGAACACUUCGUCAACGUUCAGCUCAGACGAUGUUCGCAUCAAACAAAGAAGUGUUACGGCUAUUUGA